CCUGCUCAUGCACACAACGGACGCCAAACUCCAAAGUACCACUUCGAUCUCAACACAAUUUGCCAACAGAUUCAUUCCCUCCUGGCAAUGUGGUGCAGUCGCAUGGCUCUGCGUCGGCUCCAGAGGAUUACUCCACUGGCUCUAACAAGCAACAUGCAGAGGGAGAUGUCCACCCUGUCUCGGGUAUACAUCACCAGACAGAUCCCACCCGAGGGUCUGAAGAUCCUGCGUGAAUCUGGACAGGUGCAGUUCCAGCUGUGGGACUCAGAUGACAUCCCUGUGCCCAGACAGGAGAUGCUCGAGAAGGUCAAAGGUGCUGACGCCCUGCUGUGCGUGCUGACCGAGAAGAUUGAUGCAGAAUUGUUGGACGCUGCAGGUCCAAACCUGAAGGUCCUCAGUACUAUGUCAGUGGGUUUUGACCAUCUCUCUCUGGAGGAGCUGAAGAAAAGAGGAAUCCGUGUAGGUUAUACUCCGGAUGUUCUGACGGAUUCUGUUGCUGAACUGACUGUGGCUCUGCUGCUCACGACCUCCAGGAGGCUCAUUGAGGCCACGCAUGAAGCCAAGACAGGUGGCUGGGGCACAUGGAGAACCCUGUGGCUGUGUGGACAUGAGUUGGCCAACAGCACUGUGGGUAUUCUUGGCCUGGGGAGGAUCGGUGUCGCCAUCGCUGAGCGUCUGGCGCCUUUCAAAGUAAAGAAGUUCAUCUACACGGACGUGGUCCCCAGGCCUGAGCUGGCCAGUAUGAUCAAUGCAGAGUAUGUUUCCUUCGAUGAGCUGGCGAAGCAGUCGGACUUUCUAUCAGUGUGUUGCGCUUUGACGCCAGAAACAAAAGAGAUCUGCAACAAGAACCUCUUCUCCAAGAUGAAGAAUACUUCCAUCUUCAUCAACACCAGCAGAGGUGGGGUAGUGAACCAGGACGACCUGUAUGAGGCGCUGUCCACCGGGCAGAUUGCAGGAGCUGGUUUAGAUGUCACUGUCCCUGAGCCCCUUCCCAUCAGCCACCCUCUGUUUACUCUCAAAAACUGCGUGAUUCUUCCACAUAUUGCCAGUGCCUCCUACACCACCCGUAAUGCCAUGUCUGCCCUGGCGGCAAACAACCUCCUCCUCGGUCUGCGGGGGGAGCCGAUGAUCAAAGAGCUCAAGCUGUGAGAAGACGGUGGUUCCACUCUGAGAACUGGCUGAGUGAUAGACCAUUACUUACACCUACCUAGUUAUUUUUAAAAGGUAAUAAAACCAGUAUAUUUGACCAGU